AUGGGGGAAAUUCUAAUAGGGAAUCAUCUACUAGUCGAUGCUGUAAUUAGAAUAGCUACAAAGGGUUUUCGAGCCAGAAUCCAAGAAAGUGUCAGGUGA